AUGGACAUUCGCACUCUUCCCAUUAUUUCUGAAGUGUACGGAGAAGAGGGGUCGGGAAGGAACUCGUUCUGUUUUUGCAUUGCAAAAGACUGCAACUCUCUGUGGAUAGAAGCGUACAGUAAACUUUCAACCAAAAGGGCAUACUCACUGCGCAUGGACUUGGAGAGCAUUUACAUUUGCAAGAUUAAAAAUAUUCACGGCCUUCUGUACAGCCUAAAAAAAGGAGAAAUUGGCAAUUUUGUGAAAGACCAUAGGAUAGACGUAAUCAUCAUCAACGGGCUAGAAGAGCUGGAAGAAGUGGGAGAGAUAGGAACAAAGAACUACGUAGAAGUAGUGAGCCAUUUGAAACAGCUGUACCUUUCAUUAAAAGUAAAAUCAAUUCUUAUCAGCAGAGUGCACACAAAUAUUGCAAAUGAGAACAGUGUGAGAUACAGCGAGAAUAUCAGCCCCAGUACAAUUUUCACUCUCAACACCAUAAAUAAACAGAGCACGGAAGAGAAAAAAGAAAGACUGCAGAGUGACAUCCUGUACCAAAAGUACUUUAAACAGCAUGUUCCUCCGUCCAGUAUAAAAGGAACACUCUGGGAGUAUGCAAUGCCCACAAAGCUCUACAUAAAAAGAACAUCCAGUCCGUCAGUGCGCAUCAUCACAGUAGUAAAGCCAGAGAUAUCGCACCCGCCACAGUAUACCAUGGAAAUAGGCCCAACAUCAGUCACUAUAGAGAGAAUAUAG